AUGUCCACUGGUUUUAAUAUUUUUCUACUUUUCAUAUGUAUCUUUUUACGAAUACGAACUAAUCAAGGCUUUCAUCACGAUCAUCGUUCCCAAAAUUUUCGAAAAUAUCGUCAUAUUCCUAUACAUGAUGCUACUCAUCUCAAUGCAUCAUUGGCAUCAUCAACAAUAAUCGAACCAAUUCAAUUCUUCCAAAAUGAGCCUGUGCCACUAGCUGCAUCAGUCGUAGAUGAUUUGACGACUCUAGCAUCAGCCAUUUAUAUUAUUUGUCUUAUAGUUCUUAUUUUAAUUAUUCUUGCUUGGAUAACUCAUUACAAUGCGCCAUGUUCAUCAGUUAUCACAUCUAUACUAAGUACUAUUACUGGUUUGCCUGAACCAAUUAUACAUUCAGUCGCUCUCUGUGGUUCAUGUUGUCUAUGGUGUGAAAGAACAUGGCUAUUUCGCCGUAUCCAUCAGUUUAAUAUAUGGAUAUCGUCUAAGAUUCAACAGUUCAUAUCAGGUACAUGCAAAGUCUUAUAUGACACUAUUUGUCCUUGUUGUCGACCACCCGAUACACCAUCCAAUCGAUCUAUCAUUGGUUCAUUACCGGCUAGUAUGAUUGCUAAAAUCUCGGUACCGGAUACUUCUAAACCAUCACCAUCAAAAACUAUUGUGACGGUAUUAGAACCAACCUCUUUAUCUCCAAGACGUUUAACUCUUAAUGUUGGCUUAUAUUCUCAACCAAAAGCUGAAUCGUUGAUAGAAAAUCAAGAUUAUUUAUCAUCUGAAAUCAACAAAUAA